AUGUGGGAAGGCAGGCUGGGGCUCCUCCUCUCACCCUCCGCCAGGAAUCGGGUAGGAGGGAGUGGUUCUGCCUUGGGAGGGGCUGGUGGCCCAGGUGUGGCCUGGCUGUGCCUCCUUUCUGUGUCUCCGCUCCGUCUGGAGCCAGAGCCUGGAAGACCUUGGAGGACCUCAUCUUUCACCAUGGCGUUAGAAACAGCCUGCCACCCCUUGGGAAAGAGACCCUGCGAGAUGCAAGCAUUCAGGAUCUGGGAUGUCAACCAGAAGAUCUUCUACCUGAGGAAUAACCAAUUAGUUGCUGGAUACUUGCAAGGGCAAAAUACUAAAUUAGAAGAGAAGAUAGAUGUGGUACCCAUCGAACCCCAUACUAUGUUCCUGGGGAUCCAUGGGGGGAAGCUGUGCCUGGCCUGCGUCAAAUCUGGAGAUGAGAUCAAGCUCAAGUUAGAGGCUGUGAACAUCACCGACUUAAACCAGAACAGGGAGCAGGACAAGCGUUUUGCCUUCAUCCGCUCCGACAAUGGCCCCACCACCAGCUUCGAGUCGGCCGCCUGUCCCGGCUGGUUCCUCUGCACAUCGCUGGAGGCUGACCAGCCGGUGGGCCUCACCAAUAAGCCCACAGAGGCCAUCAAGGUCACCAAGUUCUACUUCCAGCAGGACUAA